GGAAUUGCGGCCCCGCGCGCGCUCUCCGCGCUCCCGGCGCCAAGCCCGCGACCCCGCGCGCCGCCUCCGAGCGCCGGGCCUGCGGACGCAGGGGCCGUGCGCACCAUGAGCCGCAUCUACCACGACAGCGCCCUCCGGAACAAGGCGGUGCGGAGCGCGCGGCUGCCGGGGACCUGGGACCCCGCCGCCCACCAGGGGGGAAAUGGCGUCCUGCUGGAGGGAGAACUGGUGGACGUGUCUCGGCACAGCAUCUUGGAUGCCCGUGGCAGGAAGGAGCGCUACUACGUGCUCUACAUCCGGCCCAGUCGCAUCCAUCGCCGGAAGUUCGACCCGAAGGGAAACGAAAUCGAGCCCAACUUCAGCGCCACCAAGAAGGUGAACACGGGCUUCCUCAUGUCGUCCUACAAGGUGGAAGCUGCGGGGGACGCGGACAGACUCACGCCUGAGGCGCUGAAGAGCCUGGUGCAAAAACCAGAACUGCUCGCGCUGACGGGGAGCCUCACCCCCGACCAGACAGUGGCGUUCUGGAUGCCCGAGUCAGAGAUGGCGGCGAUGGAGCUCGAGCUGGGGAUCGGGGUACGGCUGAAAACCCGAGGCGACGGCCCCUUCCUGGAGUCAUUAGCCAAACUUGAGGCUGGAACAGUGACCAAGUGUAAUUUCGCUGGUGAUGGAAAGACAGGAGCAUCCUGGACGGACAACAUCAUGGCCCAAAAGUCUUCGGAGGAGGCCACGGCGGAGAUCCGAGAGCAGGGGGACGGGGCGGAGGACGAGGAGUGGGAUGACUGAGGUCGCCUCUGGGUCCCACCAGUGCUGCUGAGAAUUUCUUCCAUCAACAUCUACCCUGGAGCUCGGCUUACCUGGUUCUUCCCUACAGCCACCAUGGAAUACCCUUUGAAUAAGCGUUGCAAAAACCAAAUCCCAGACCAUGACAUGAGCAGUGGGGGCCCCAUGCUGUGGCUCAUGCAGGGCCCGUCUCUAAGUAUUUUCAUGGUGGCCCUUGCCCUGAGUGGCAGCCUUGUUUCUAGAGGCAGGCAGUGGAUGGGUCCCCCCGGGGCAGUCAGAGGAAUUGAACUUGGUCUUGGCGUAGACUUGGGGAAUGUCCCUCAUCUGCAUGCAGAGUGGCUCAGGUGUUCCUUCCUCUGUCCUUGUCGUAUUUCUUGCCUUCCCUGCACACCUGUCGCUUUUCCCCAGUGCCCAGUGGUGUAGCCUCUGCUCUCCCGUUCACACCUCCCUUUCCCCCAUGUGCCCUUUUCUUCCCCUACAGCUGCCAAUUCUUUAUCCCCCCUCUGGUUCUCUGCCACACGGGGGGCUCCUGUCUCCUGACCUCCCUGGCUGCUUUCCUGGGGCUGCUCUCUGGGAGGCCUAGCGUAUUCACAGGUAUGGCUGGCUGAUCCCUACCUUUCAGACUCACUCUACCAGACCACAUUUUGAUAACAUCUUUGUCUUCAUUUUUUGUGCUUUGAGAACUUUUUAUGGAUGAGUAAAUUUUCAGAAAAGGA